AUUGCAUAUACCUACGAUGGACCACCAGGCCAUAGGAUCUUACAUCUCAGACCAACAGCCGAACAGUGGGAGGACUUUCCUGCUCUCCUGGCUUUUGCUCGGAACCUCCAUGCCGAGGUCGACGGCUGCUUCAAGAUAAUACUUCCAGAAGAGCUUCAAGAGCCGCUUCCGGACAAGGACCCGCAGCAUGUGACGGCCAAUGCCUAUCGAAUAAGACAGAUCAACCACAGGACAUUCUGGCAGGUCAGCACAGUACCGAGCGAAGGCGCCUUUUCAUCUUCAGAGCCAGAGGGCGAGCUGUCCGGGAGCGUUGACGACAAGUUCAAGAAGCUAAAGACGCUUUUCAACAAGAGCAAGGACAGGCAGAUGCGCAACGUGCGUUACCGAGUCGACGUCCCCGCGUGGACAGCCAAACAGAGACGAGAAGCUGGCGUGCCGGAGAGAAGCCCCAUCCACCCACUGGCCGGCGACAAACUGGACAAGACAAAGGCCAUUAUUCCCGGAAUCCACACGCCGUAUGUGUACGAAUCAGCUCAGCACUUUGGUGCUACUUUCCAGCUCCACGCCGAAGACUUCCGCCUUUCCUCGUUGAACCAUCUUUACAAAGGUCGCAAGAUUUGGAUCGUGGUCCCCGCCACAGCCGUCGACGUUGCCGAAGAAGCACUAAAUCGAAAGGGCAAGUGUUCGCAGUUUAUGCGACACCGCGCCGAGUUCUUCUUCCCGGAGAAGCUCCAGAAAAUGGGCAUCCCGCAUCGGAUCGUCGACCAGCGACCCGGCGAAACCAUUGUCAUCCUACCAGAUGCCUACCACGAAGGCUUCAGCACGGGGUACACCUUGGCCGAGGCCAAGAAUUACGCAGACUCGGACUGGACGGCGGAUACGUAUCAGCCGUGCCAGCCGAGCUGCCAGCUCAUGACUGCUAUACCGGCGGAAUUCAUGAGGCCGCUGCGAGAAGGGGAGGAGAGGCUCGAUCUGUGCGCCGGCUAUAAGGAGGUCGGCGGGGAC